AUGGAGAAGCAUGAAGCCUUGAGUCUUAUACAGGCCUUGCGUGAGAAAUAUUUCAGUAUAAACUGGUCAACAGUUUUUGCUGUUGUGGUGUUCAUAUGCAUCACAACCCGGAUUCUCUCGGGGCUUCAGAGUCGACGUGAACGAGACCCUUCAAACAUACAGACGGUGCGACAAGCACCUUAUUGGUUUCCCUGGAUUGGACAUGGCCCUGCUUUAUUAUGGAAUCAUGUCCCCUUUUUUACAAGAACUCGAGAAUCGAUGAAUGAGCCGGUCUUUGGCAUUUACCUUCGCGGCAUGAGGUACACUGCUGUAACUUCGCCAUCUAUGAUGAAAACUGUUUUUUCUAAACCUGCCACAUCAACCAACCAGUUGCUUGAUCAGGUUCUGCAAAACGUCUUUGGCGACCGCAGCCUCAUCCGCAAUCUGGAUUUAGAUUGUAACCAAGGAGUUAGCGACCGGGCUUCUACCAUCCUCAGUGAGGAUGCUUUUGUCGCUGAAGCUUCGUCUACCAUGACCCGACUGGUGCAGCGCGACAUGCCAAAUCUGGUGAGCUUCUGUCGAAGUAUCGUUGACCAAUACCCCUGGGAGCGUGGAAUCAGUGGAGUGGAAGUUCCCGAUGAAGGGGACCAGACAGUUUGUGAGGCCAAUCUGUUUGCGCUUGUGAGCAAUUUUAUUGGUCAUGUCACUUCUACUUUCUUGAUGGGAGAGGCUUUUGUGGAAAAUUUCCCCAAUCUCUCGGAAGAUCUUGGAAGAAUCGAUGAUUGCUUUCUGACAUUGUUCGCUGGCACUCCUCGCUGGGUCCCGCACCCAGCAGCGUCAGCAGGGCAUGCGGCGAGUAAUCGGCUUUGCCACAUCUUUUCGAUCUUCCAUCGAGCUUUUACUGCUUGGGACGAUGGGAUUGACACCGGUGUUGAACUGCGUGAUCUUGACGAUGUCUCUGAACUGGUCAAAGAUAGGAUGCGAACUUUCCGCAAAUUGGAGCUAUCUCCAGGUGCCAGUGCUGCAGGGCACUUGUCUCUAUAUUACGAUCUGAUUGAACAUACCACCAAGAUCACUUUUUGGACAAUCACUCAUCUCUUUGCCGAACCUUCACUUCUCGAUCAAGUCCGCAAAGAAAUUUCCUCUUACGUGGUAGCUUCUAGACUCACUCGCGAGGAAACAGGCUUUCCCUUCGAUGAACCUCCUCGUCUCUCUCUGGAUAUUGAAAAAGUGCUCCCUUCUUGUCCACUAUUCAAAGCAUGUUACUACGAGACUGUGCGUCUCCAUUCAGCAGGAAUUUCAUUCAAGAAGCUGGCGUCCGACGUGAUACUUUCCGAGUCGGCCGAAGAAGCUGCUCAUGGCCAAGCUGAGCCCCGUACAUACCAAAUUGCAAAAGGCGAGGGUAUCAUUGUCCCCCAUGGUGCCCAUCACCAUGAUGCUCGGUACUUCUCAAACCCGGAGCAGUAUGACCCUCUACGAUUUCUUGUGACUGAUCCUGCAACGGGGAAACAGCGGGCUGAUCCAAGCAUCAUUGCGCCCUUUGCGGAUGGACUAUAUGGUUCAACCAACAAUGGCUUCACUGAGCGAGCUAUCUUGACUUUUAUUGCCGGUAUUGUGGCCUUGUGGGAGAUUGAGCCCACAGGUGGUAAAUCCCUCUCAGUUCCCGGGCACAGGACUAGCUGGGGUGCUUUCCGACCGACCAAGGAGCUGCGAGUGAAGAUAAAGUUGAGAGUGUAG